AUGGGGAAAACAGUCAGAAUUCUUGGAAGAUCAGUUUACACUUUUCUGCAAAAGUAUCAAUCUUACACUACAACUGCGGCAAUCCUUGCCUUAUCUUAUGCAGCAUUAGUUCUGUUGUCAGAAUCUGCAAUUCCAUCAUCUGCUCUGCUUCAGGGGAUUCACAACCGGCUGCAAUCGCUCUUUGAUGCUGCCGGCUUUCCAAGGUCAUCGGAUUUCUUCGCGAUUCUUAACAUCAAGCUGUCUCAGACUAUUGCAGAAUCUUAUCUAAUUUUCCCUUUCAUCUUCACCUUCUUCCUUUUCACCAAGGCAUUUUUAAUCCAUGCUUUUUCUAACCAUAAGGCCGUUUCGUGA